AUGAAUCCUCAUCGAACCGCACAGGUCGGCGAGGGCAACGUCAAGCACCGUGGCGGGACGGCGAUGUUGAGCUCACCCAAGCUCAAGAUGUUCGCCGCCGGGGAUCACCAUGCAGCGGCGGCCGGCACCUCUAUCGCCGAGGAUAGCAUCCGGCACCAAUCCUCAUCUAACUGCACGGGUCGGCGAGGGCAACGUCAAGCACCGUGGCGGGACAGCGGUACGACGAGCACGACCCCCGGAUCUGGGGUGCGCCAGCAGAAGCUCACCGUCACCGCCUCCCGCAAGCAGCGGCUAACUACAACAUUGACUGUCUACAAGAAGGCCAACAACACUACCACCCCGUGCGGCAAGCAGACGGGACAGUCCGCGUGGGCGAUGAAGCCCACCGAACGCGGGCAGCCUUUCUUGAAGGCAGCGGGACGGCGGGCACCAACGACAAAGGUGCCCCCGAGGGUGAAACCGGCGGCGGCGGGUACCGAUGGCGGCAUCGCCAAGGAGAUCAGGAGAAGCCCACGCAAGAAGCGACGGCCACCUAGGGUCUCCGCCUCCCGCCACAUGGCCUGGGAACGAGAACUCAGGGCACCAACGACAGCAGGAGGGGAGUCCAGGAAGCCCUCAAGCACGAACGACACGGCGGUUCGCCGGGGCCGGCGGAAGGCCCGCAAGAGCGGCGGCGGCGGUGGCGAGGAGGACGGUCGACCCUCCCUGGGCACUUGGCAGAAGGCCUCCAUGAGACUGGAGAUCUUGAAGAAGAUAACCGGCAAAGACGAUGAAGAGCUCGAAUGGCUCAUCACCGCGCAGGAGGGCCAAGGUGUCAAGCGCAGCGAGAGGCGGCGAGAAAACGCGGAAACCGAGUACCACCGACUCCUCUUUGAGGAGUCAAUGCUCAAGGCAGGAAGGGAGAUUAUCAAGGACCGCCGGCUGGAGGUGUCCCUCAAGACCGUCAUCAAGAUGGGCGAAGAGCUCCAACGCCUAACCAAGAUUCACGAGCAGCUUACGGAACAGGAGAAGUCCCUCACGACCCUCAUCGGUGACGAUGACGACAAGACCGACACGGCUACAGAGAUGGACCACCUUGGCAAGGCCAGGGGCAUGGCCGAGGCGGAGCUGCGGUAUGCGCUCGAGGGCAUCUCCGCCGGGAAGGAGAGGGUCCGCGCCUUGGGGGACCUGAUGAAAGAGGAGUGUGGUCGCAGGGGCAAGAUGUUUGGAGAGAGCAAGACCGCCCUGGAGACUGUCAUCGGCAUCACGGCGAGCGUAGGGUCGGCCAGAGAGCUCGUCGUCCCCGCCCGGGCUAGGAGCGGCCUCGACAGCAUCGAGGCUUCCGCCAAGACAAUGUCCGAGGGACUCAGCCAAACAAGUCCGCGCUCGAGCCGUAAGGAGACCCUGCCGGAAUACGUGAAGCACCUCUCCGACGAAGAAGCCGCCUGGUUCGAGCGGGAGGCCGACGCAAACGACCAGGCGCUGCGGAGCAUGCGGUCUCUUAUGCCGGUGGGCGUGACCGGCCUGACAGUAGCUCAGCUCGAACAGGCCGCUAUUGAUGGGGGUUCCCUAUUCCCGAGGGAACUCUCGCUGCGACUGAAGGAGAACCGCCUGCUCCAGUGGGUGGUGAUGCACCCGGAGGACAUCGCCAGGAGCAACUUUCUGCAGGGCGCCCACGCCCACUUUUUCACCAACAUGGACAAGUACGAUCUGGUGGAGAUGAGAGCGAUCCUGGCGUGCCUUCCGGCCAAGUUCGAGGUCGACGAUGACGGUCGCAAGGCCGCCUGGAGGGCCGAGUUCGUGCAAAGGGCGAAGGGUCUCGUGGCGCAGGAGAGGGGCGACACGGUGAGCAGGGGGUGGGACCCCGAGAUCUCGGCCAGGCGGCAAGUGCGCCUCCCCGAGCUGAGCGCCGGGCAGACCAGGAGGGAGGAGUACUUCUAUCCGACGGCGGUGGAGGUGCAGGCCAGGGUGGACAAGCUCCGAGAGCGGCAGUGCAGGCUGGAGGCGAAGCGGGCCGAGUUGGCCGAGGUGCGGGACAAGCUUCUCCCCGAGGCGAGACAGGAGCAUGCUGACGUCCUCGAAGACACGAGGCACCCCUUCAACAAGAAGACGUGGAAGCCGGAGGAUCUCCGGAGGGCACGAGAAGAGGCCAAGUCAGAGGUCAACAGACUGUCCAAGGAAGAAAAACGCCUCGAGGGUCACGUAGUAUCGGCCGCCCGCGCGUUGCGGGACAGCCCUUCCACGGUGGACGGCACGCUGGAGGAGGCCGCGGCAACUCGACGCCUGCUCUCCGACCGGAAUGAGGACGAGGGGGAGGCAGAGGUGGCCAAGGGGUCGGAGGUGGAGGGAGCGUUCGACCCUACCCCCGAGCUCCGGUCAAGGCGGAGCGACAAGAGCAGGUCUCUGCGGUUCGUCACCGCGGACGAGGAGGCCAAAAUCCGGAAGGAAGAGCUCGCCAGGGUCUUCUCCUCCCGCGGAAUGCCGGCGGCGGCGGCGGCCGCGGCGGUAGGGGCGUCGGAGGACGGCGGCGGCAAGAGCACCACCGGCGCUGGCGAUGGCACCGGCGUCGAUGUGGACGGGGAAGAAGCAGCGGCGGGAGAGAAGGCUUCGGUCGACGGCGGCUCUGGCCCCGGGCACGCCAACGGUCGCAUCAAGGCCUUCGGCGCCGUCCUGGAGAAGACGCUGAGCAAGACCUUGCACGGACGGGCCCCGCCCCCGGGCACUACUGCCGCCGCCGCCGCCGCCGCCGCCCCCUCGGCUGCCGCCGGCGCGGGAAGCAGGAAGGCAAGCAUGCCGGUGACUGCCUCCCCGCCGCAGCGGGCCAUCGGCGAGAAGGCCGCGGGCAUCGCCGCCGCGACGUUGUGGAAGCCCAAGUCGAAGUUCUUCCGCGUCUUCCUGUCCGCGAACACCGCCAGGAAGGACGGCGGCGACGGCUCUCACUCGACCGGCGGCCUGCCCCCCCCGCCCCCGCCCCCGCCGGCGCCGAUGCUGGGAAUGCUGUCGCAGAUCCGGGCCCGCGGAGAAGUCGGCGGCGGCGGCGGCGGCGGCACACAGAGCGGCGGUAGCCAAGCGCAGGCCGGCAUAGGCGGUCUCCUGGCGGAGAUCCGCGCCCGCGGGGAUCGAGGAGGAGGCGGCGGCGGCGGCGGCGGCACACAGAGCGGGGGCGGCCAAGGACCGGCCGGCAUGGGCGAUCUCCUGGCGGAGAUCCGGGCGGCGAAGCGCGGCUGA